AUGCCUGGAGGCAAAACUGGUGGCUGUAGAGGUGAAACUGGUUGCGAAACUGGUGGCACGACUGGUGAAAUCGGGGGCGAGGCACGCGGAGGGGAAGUUGGCGGGGAUGUUGGUGGACUUGAGGGGGUUGUUGGCGGCGGGGAUGUUGGUGGAUUUGAGGGGGCUGUUGGCGGCGGGGAUGUUGGAGGACUUGAGGGAGUUGUUGGCGGCGGGGAUGUUGGAGGACUUGAGGGGGUUGUUGGCGGCGGGGAUGUUGGUGGACUUGAGGGGGCCGUUGGCGGCGGGGAUGUUGGUGGAUUUGAGGGGGCCGUUGGCGGCGGGGAUGUUGGUGGUUUUGAGGGGGCCGUUGGCGGCGGGGAUGUUGGUGGAUUUGAGGGGGCCGUUGGCGGCGGGGAUGUUGGUGGUUUUGAGGGGGCCGUUGGCGGCGGGGAUGUUGGUGGAUUUGAGGGGGCCGUUGGCGGCGGGGAUGUUGGUGGUUUUGAGGGGGCCGUUGGUGGCGGGGAUGUUGGUGGUUUUGAGGGGGUUGUUGGUGGGGAUGAUGGUGGGGUAGUUGGUGGAGGAGGAGAUGGAGCAGGAGGUUUGGAGAUAGGAGGUGGCGGUGGAGGUCUCUGGCACUUGUGGCCUAUGCAGAGCUCGCCAGAGAACUCAUCGGCGAAGGCAGGAUUGAGAUGA